AAAACGAGACAAUUUUUUUGCCCUUACCUUGAUGAUGGAACAGUGUGAAACCAAGAAAUCUGCCGCCGAGGUUGAUAUUGAUGUGGUAGCCAAAAUUCUUCAUCUUUAGUCCUCCUCACGCAGUAGUCGCUCCUUUUCCAGCUCAGCAUCAAGUAGAUCUGACCUAAGCUUGGCAAUUCGGGCAUCCAGGGCCUCUAGCCGCAGCUUCUUGGACUGUCGCUGCUGUUGAAACGGUGGCGGAAUGUCGUCUUGUUCCAUUUCCUCUUCCUCCUCUUCUUCUUCGCUGUCCUCCUCUUCUUCGUCCUCCUCGUCCUCUUCUUCCUCUGGAACAUGACAGUCUUGUUGCUGCUGUCGUUGCUGUCGCUUCUGAUACUGCCGCUUGGGAGGGACCUUUAAUUGUUGCGGAUGAUGUUUGAGGAGCGUCCGAUGAAAGUGCCGCAAUGCUUGAGCACGCGACAAUUCCGGAUGUCGUUGUCGUACAAAAUCCACCGCUUCGUGGGCCAACAAUCCGUCUCCCUUGUUGGCUAGUUGUCGUGCAAUCCACGCCUGUUCGGCCUUGUCCAGCAGCGGUUGUCGUCCCGUGGAAUUUCCCACACUGCGAGCGCCCGAGGCGUACUUGCGAAACGUGUGAUAGGGGAUUCCGACCAGCGCGGCGUAGUCCUUGAGGGGCAAGCGUUUCCCCUCGGCGGACAGGGCUCGUCCGGUUUGUGCGUCCCAUUCCUGGAUGGCGUCUUGCAACUGAUCCUUGGCGGCUCCCACGGCCCAGUUGGUACGGCACCGUUUGCGUUUGCGAGCUGCAUCGGCCAAGACAGUCAUGGAGGAGUCCUUGUUCAUACCGUACUACGUCUUCUCAUGGAUAGAGUUGAGUUGAGUCAGUACUCCUCAAGGGUCAACUUAGUUCAGAGAUUCAAGAGCUCUUCGGCAAGGCCCAUGGUUGCAUGGUGGCCACUCAUCACUUUGGGUUUGUUUGGUGUUGUUCUGUUCGCCGUUGCAUCGCCAGGGAUUUAAAGGCUAAUUUUAGGGUUCAGCGUUAGAGCACCGCAAAAGUCGAGAGAGAAUGAUGAAUCGAAUCGAAUCAAUCGAAUAAAUAAAUAAAAUAAAUAAAUAAAUGAUUAGGAGUGCAUGUACAUGUACUCUUUGCCAGUAUGGUACUGUAUGGCGCGCUUAAGCCAGACCAGUUCCUCCUUUUGCUCACUGCUCUCCCCUCCCCCCCCCUUGCCCUGCCCCUGUCCUCCCAGCUCUCCCAUUACUACCUGGUACCCACUACCGAUACCACCACUCUGCCUAGCUAGCUUAGCCCCCCCUAGCUAGCUAGCGUAUCUACUUUGUAUUUGUUUGUUAUACUAAGGUGCCAGAGUACAUGUAAAGAAAAGAGCAGAGCAAAGAAAAGGGCAUAGCCACUGGAUGGUAUGAACAUGUACUCUGUCCUUUGGGCAUCCAGUGAGAAGUUGAAAAGUUGUUUUCGUGCCAUUGUUCGUUCUAGCUCUAGCUACCGGUAGGAGCUGGUUGUGGCGUUUUGUUUUACUCGAAGAACUAGCAAUACUGGCUCCAGAACAGAAUGAGCAACAAAGAACCUCCGGGCGCCUACACCGACCUUUGCAAAGAAGGAGAAGAGAGUGGUCCCUCCAAAGGACUGGUGGCGGCAGAACACAAUGGUGGACUGCUGAAAGUUGACGGAUAUGAGGAUAAAAAGCCAUCUGCUGUUGCAACCCCUCCGAAUCAGGAGGCUCCCGCCAACGCCGCCCGCAAAUCAGAAUUGAAAGGGCAAUCAUCAGAAGAACAAUCUAAUAAUAAUGGUCCGAAGAACCAUAGCGGCAUCCCAAAAGACGACGGAUUUCCCUUUGAUCCGAGUCUCCUGGCAAUCACCGAGGAAGAACUGCAUUGGGCCUUGAAUGUGAAAGAUGCCGUCAAACGGCUUCCAGAUUUGGACACGCUCAGCGAUCUGAUGUAUUGCCAUUUAGGUAUUGCUUCCAAGGGAGAUGUUGAAUGGGCCAUUGGUAGGGCCUACAAAAUGCAACUGGUCCGUCAGCAGUACAAGAUCCUUGGCACUUAUGAGGAAGGAGCCAAGGCCAUUCGCACCUUUAUGGAAAAGGCGCCUGGCACAAUCAUGUCCUUUAGCUACAACCCCCACAAUGGCAGAGCGGUUCUUGUCAUUGAUAGUUGUGCAACACCUCUCAACAAAGUUUUUGAGGAUCCAAAGAGUACAGAGAUUACCGUGCGAGGUUGUUUUUACCUUUGCUACGCGUUGUUCCCUUCACUGGAAUGUGUGAGAGUGGGAAACAUUCAUGCCUUUGAGACAGAAGGAUAUGAUUAUGGACGAGGAUUUCUGCAUGCCAGGCUGUAUGCCAAACUCACCCAGAACACACACUCAGCCUUUCCAUCAGUCCUGAAAGAAGUGCGUUUUUACAAUACAUCCGCCAUAGGAAACAUGAUCCUGGGCAUGGCGACUCGAUUAAUUCCAGAAGAAAAUGCCAAGAAACAAAAGUUGGGAUGUAAAUUUUCAGGAGGUCGUCUGGACAGUUUCUACAUGCUUCCAACUCCAGAGGAAGCUUUCCACAGAACUUAUAUGAACAUCUGCAGUGGCCUCAAGAUGAGGCUGGAGAGUGAAAAGGCAUUCAAACUGAAUUUCAAACCUCCAACCAAACAUUCUCAGGCAGCGCCAUCGACCUCAGCAAAUUAAGUAAGCAUCACACUGAUGGAACUUUUAGAACAACUUGAAUGCAUUCUCGCGGCAGCUCUAAUGGAAUGUGGAAGAGAAAAACUUUUGAACUUACUACUAGCU